AUUUAACAAUAUGGCGGAAGGUCAUCAAAAUUUUUAAAUGAAACUUAGUGAAAAUACCAACCAAAUCCAAGAGUAAACCAGAAAAGAAUGAGCACAGAAAUUGCAAAUCCCCCACCCCAGAACCCUCUCUCCAAAGAUGGUUCCCCAAGAGGUGGGGGUAGUCCUGCUUCACUGCACAGUGCCCAUGGUGCCAGGUCGCAAAGGAGCAGAGAGAAGGCACUUACUCCCUAUCAGAAUGAUGAAAAUAAAGUUUCUCUCCCAAAUCUGAAAAAUAGCAGCAUUGCUGUGGACAAGUCCAAGCCUCUACCAACGUCUCUCCAAAGUGACUUCAUCCCCCAAGAUGUGCUCAUGUCCCUCACUAUGCCAGCCCCUCCUGCUGAGCAGCUGGGGCCGCCAUCAAGAUACCGCAACCUUAACACAUCAUCGGGGCCUGUGAAGAAACGAGCAUCAAAUGUGUGGAACUACAGAGGCCAGCGUGAAAAGCUCAAACAUCUUACAGAAAAUACAAUCUGUGUGUGCGGCGCUGGUAAAGACAUCUCCUUCCUGUACGAUGUGCCUCAAAAGGCCGAGAGCAAGGAGAAAGCCGCCAUGUUCGACCAAAGUGCUGCUCGCUUGGAGCAGACGCAGGAAGGCAAAGAGAAACCACCACUCCAAUUACCCGACACUCUGAUUCCUGAGGAGUAUCAUAUCGUAAAGAACAAGGGUGUUAUGGGGCUAGAAUAUUAUGAUGAUGAAUUUUCAACCCAGCCCAGCGACCAUGAAAAGCACUUGGUGGUGUUUCCAUCUAUGAAACCAACCAGUCGUUUUGAGGUGAUUCAGCUGAAGAAGACACUAAAUGAGAUGAUGGAGCGAGCAGGCGUCGAUCAAAUCCUGGAACUGGAGGGGGCCAGAGAAACACAACUACAUAAACUGCUGGAACUCAUUAAAAAAGAACAAGAUAUUUAUAAUGUGGUCUUCCAUGAAGUAAUCCGUCAGGUCACAGUAGAGUGCGUAGAACGUGGUGAACUCCUGAGUUCCGUUAGAGAGAGGUACCACAAUCUGUUGAACAAGGUCCCAAAGCAGGUGAAGAGCCUUCACGAGGAGGUGAUGGCCCAGAGAGCCCUUGACAGGCGCCUGACAGAAGAGCUGAUGAGGUUUAAAAACACCAUUGGAGUAUUGACGGGUGAGUUAUCCCAGGUGAAAGAUCAUGACCUGAGGGUGUCAUCUGCUGCCCAAGAUGCCCAGGAUGAUUUGAAGCACGCCUUGGCUGAGUCCCAAAAGAAUUCAAGUUUACUCGCUGAAUACCACGACCUCUAUGAACUUCAGCGGAACCGUUUAGAACUCCAGGUCAACAUGCUGACCGAUGAGAAAGAGCUCUGGAGCACUGCGGCGUACAGCCUUGCUUUGAAAGUCACAGAGGAGCAUAAUCUCCAGACGGCAAAGCGGUUACACAUCAGCGAAAAAGCGUGGCAGAAAUUAGCAAAUCACUUUACUAUCCUUUUGAGCGAUCAAGACACCGGCAUUCUGACGAAGUUGCAGGGUCAUGUUGAUGGCUGGCGGGAUUUGUCGGAGGUUUUUAAUUUCACCAUGAAGCGUCGCGAUGAGACCAUGAGGGAUGCACUCAGGAUGAUCAAACAUGAAAUGGAACAAGUCCGAAUUGAUUUUCAGAAAAUACACAUGAGUGAGGGAAUAGGGGGUCGUGAAGGUAACAUCCUCAAAGUGCCUGACAAGGAGAAGGUGGCAGAAUAUUACAACUUUAUCAAAUCUUGGGAAGAGAUGCUCUCUGAAGAGACGGAAAAAUUUGGAGGUGACAUAAUGUUAAGUAUGCAAGAAGAGUUGACGAAGAUUAAACAUGAGAUGUACGGAUGGACAGACGCUGCGUUGAAGGUUUUCAAUCGGCAUCGCGGAGAAGACGGCUCCAACUAUCCCGACCAUGACGCCAUGUUGAAGAUGAAUGACAGCGUGGAGGAGCUUGUGAAACAGUAUCAAGUUCGUCUGACAGGAGAUAAUGGUGUGGCCAGAGGCUUCAUCCACCUGUCCAAUGUCCUUGAGACCUGGGACACGCGUCUGAACACCGUGUUGCACGGUUCAAACCCGCUGCCAGAUGCUGAGUGGACUCGCUUCUAUCAGCUGCUGGAAGAUUGGAUCAACGCCAUUGAUGAGACACAUGCCUGUAUUGGACUCGCGCAAAAGGAAGAGGACAAGGUCGAUGGUAAAGAACAUAAAAAUGUUGAAUACAUCGAUGCUGUCAAAGUCACACAGAGAUGGGUGUCGUCUGCUACCAAUGGCAUCGACAGCGAAGACGCUAAACUCGUUGAACAGGUCUCGCAACUUCACACAGAGAUGGUGAAAUGGAUGGUCCAAAUGUUGCUACGGAUAGCGCCAGACAUGGAGGCGAACUCCGCUGAGGCUCACGAGAUGGUGCUGCUGGGAAGUACCAGUGUCAGCGACCUUCAGACAAAUGCCAAGUCAUUGUUUGAGCGGCUGGAUUCGUUCACAAGAUAUGUUAGCCUAUGUUGCAAUAACAUAGUAAAAGACGCCAUGCAGAGAAAGGUCGACGCUCAUGAAGAAAAUGCAGAUCACGAGUAUAAAGAAUUACAGAACUUGAAAUCGGAGUCGGACGAAUGGAUCCAGACGGCCAUUUUGUUGUUGCACGAGUUGACGGGAGAAAUGAUUGAGUUCCGACCUGCGACAAGUAGCAUGAAGGUUGCCGAGUCUAAGACAGGGAAGGAGUCGAUGUACUAUGACCAUGAGAAGCUGUCAGUUCCAGAUACAUCAAGAACUAGGCUGACCUCGGAUACUGGUGGUGAUCGCAGUGACAUGGGAUUCUCCGACUAUGGCCAGACAGACCGGUCAGGUCAAGAGUCAUCACAGGGUAUGGGAGGGCUCUCCCUACAGUCAGGUGCUGGUUUCUCUGAUGUCUCAGAAAUACCAGCUUCAGAAAGAUCGAGGCAUGCAUCAGAAAGAUCAAGACAUGCAUCAGAAAAGUCUGACAUAGCUCUAUCAGGAGGCGGCCUGACUCCGGUGCCAACUGGUCCAGCUGAAGAACUGGCCCAAACACCAGAACCAAGUGAGCAGCAAGAUGUUGUGGAUGGGCCCACCCCAGCUAUUCCAUUCGAUUCCAUCAAGCAAGCAAGUCCAAGCCCAAGCCCAGUGCUACCACCAGACAAUCCGAGCCAAAGCCAGGUGCCACCUGGAGAGGUGAGCCAAAGCCCUGAACCACCCACCUUGGAGCCUGCGGCCACUUCUCUGUCCGACGUUAGAGAGGAGGCUGAAGGGGAGGAUGCUGAUAAACAGGAUGAGGCUGCAGCUGCCCCACUCCCAGAGGAACCAGAGUCAGAAGAACCAACAAACGAACCGAUAAGCCCAGCAGAGUCACUAGAAAGAGUCCAGGCAAUCGGUUACGAUCGGAACACCCACUUCAAGAGCCUUGAGCAGAGCCCAGACAAACCUCCUUCUGCUGGUGGUUUCCAGCUGCCAGAGUCACGGCAGGAGACACCAAAUGCACAGCGGGCUUACGAGGCACUGGCUGCUGUGGAGACUUUGCAGUUACAACUCAUAUCUGCUGAAGAACGUGCACAGAGUGCAGAAGAACGAUGUCACACCAUGGAGGAGGAACUUAACAAAGCAUUAGAAUCUGUCCGGGCCUUGGAGAGAAAACUAGCACCCUCCGUCUCUGCUGAAUCGGUCCAGGCGAGCACCUCCCACUCGGCUAAAUCUCGCUCUGAUAAAGACUCCGCUACGGCGCUUACAAAAUCGCAGGAAACAAAAACCGAGAGUGUGAAAAGUGACAAAGGACCUAAAGAGAAACGAUCGGAUUCACAGGCGUCGGUGAAAUCGUCGACAUCAAAAUCAUCAACAAAGAGCCAUAAAAAGAAAUAGACUGUGGUCCUUAAAAGUGUCAUAUUUGACCGUGGUCUGCUGGCUUCGUAAAAUAAACAGGGUUUUAUUUUCCUCUUCAUGUUUUCUGUGUAGAGAAGAUCAAUACAGUAAAUAUUUAUGCCAUCCUUGGAAUAUCAGCUAACUUUUUCUCUAAUAUUCUUGAUUUUUACAUCUAUUACAAUCUAUGUUGAUAUUGGAAAGUAUGAAACUCAUUUUAGUCACUAAAUUUCAAGUUUCUCUCAACAGAAUGGGUAAAUAUUUACAGAUUUCUUCUCAUUAUCAUGUCCAUGUAUCACUGACAUUUCAAGAAUUCUUAUCAUAACAUACAACAUGCUUGUACCUUCUCCCUUGACCUGGAAGUUGUGUCGUGAGUACUGGUCGUGAUUUGUAGCAGAGAGCCUUGCAAAGACCAAAUCUGUGACAUUUUCAUUAUGAAUUUUCUGUCUUUUCCCAAAGUAUUCUUGUAUUUAUACGAUGUCUGUGAUAUUAUUUUGUGUGACUCCGUCCAUCAGGAACGUAAGCCAUUUAAUUAGAACAAGCUAAAGUAGCCUGUAGUUGCUGUCUACAGCAAAACUGAAGGGAAAUGUUUGAGGGUACCGUUUCAAAAUUCUCAUUUACUUCCCCUGUUAACAUGCAGACCGUCCAUCCAAAACCGUCUUAUUCUGUGACCUGUGAUUAUUGACAGAUUGUUUUUACUGUUUUAACAGUGUAUUUGUGCUAAGGCUUAAAAUUGCAAAUUAUUCUUUACCGUCCAAAAAACAUGACACACUGUCCAAGAAUGUAUUUGCAGCAUUCUAUGAUUUAUAAGUCAUGUACCAAUAGAACAUUCAUGGUCAGUAUCUACAUUGUAUAUUGUAUAUAUUCUGAUAAAUUAUCUCUAUCAUUCUUUUGUAUAUAUUUGACUUGUAAGAAAUGGUCGUAAUUUUUAGUCAAAAUAAAUUUUGGAGAGUAA